CUGAGGAGCAGAGCUCAAGUAAAUCAAGCCAGCAUUCGGGUCUGUCUGACUGAGCACUGCUUCAUCCUCCCUCCUCCCUACACAUUGGAUUGGAUAUCAGCCGUCCUCACAAGUAUGUUAAAUCUAAAAGCAACCAGCAACACAAGGAGUUAGUGGCAGCAUCUUCAUUUCCAUUGUAGCUCAUUCAAAGAGUAAAGGCAUGACCAGCGGUGAUCCCAAGGAAUACCUGGCAAGAAGAGAGAUCCCACAGCUAUUUGAGGGACUUUUGAAUGGAUUAAUGUAUUAUAGACCAGAUGAUCCAGUAGAUUAUUUGGAAAACUGUUUGCAGAAAGUGAAGGAAUUGGGAGGCACAGAGAAAGUAAGAUGGGACACUUUUGUAGGCCCUGACAAGAGGAAUUUACCCCCACUCAAUGGUGGACAAACUAGACGAUCCUUUUUCAGAAAUGUUUUGCCGGAAGGAGGUAAUUUCCCUUACCGUCGCUAUGAUCGAUUGCCACCAAUUCAUCAGUUCUCCAUAGAAAGUGAUACAGACCUCUCAGAAACUGCAGAGCUGAUUGAAGAAUAUGAAGUCUUUGAUCCUUCCAGGCCUCACCCAAAAAUAAUACUUGUCAUAGGUGGUCCUGGCAGUGGAAAGGGAACUCAGAGCCUGAAAAUAGCAGAGCGAUAUGGCUUUGAAUAUAUAUCAGUGGGCGAGUUGUUAAGAAAGAAGAUCCACAGCACAAGCAGCAACAGAAAAUGGAGCCUAAUUGCUAAGAUAAUAACAACAGGCGAAUUAGCACCGCAGGAAACUACCAUUACUGAAAUAAAGCAAAAACUAAUGCAAAUGCCAGACUCUGAAGGCAUCGUUAUAGAUGGAUUUCCUCGAGAUGUAGCUCAGGCUCUCUCCUUUGAGGAUCAAAUCUGCACUCCAGAUUUAGUGGUAUUCCUGGCCUGUGCCAGUCUCAAGCUGAAAGAACGCUUACAGAAACGUGCUGAGCAACAAGGGCGCCCAGAUGAUAAUCUUAAAGCUAUCCAGCGGAGACUUAUGAAUUUCAAGCAGAAUGCAGUCCCGCUGGUCAACUACUUCCAGGAAAAAGGUCUCAUUAUCACAUUUGAUGCUGACAGGGAAGAGGAGGAAGUGUUCUGUGAUAUCAGCGCUGCCGUUGACAAUAAACUCUUUCCUGCAAAGAAGCCUGUGGCAGAGCCAAGUGAGCUUGACCUUAGUCUUAUUAUAGACAGUGUGGAAGCUGUUGACUUGGAGCCACAUUUUGAAGAUCAGAGGCCAGAGCUGAUGCAACCCUUUGGAGAUGACUACCGGCUAGGAGAAGAGCUGAAGAAGGCAAAAGUAAUCUUUGUUGUCGGAGGUCCAGGAUCUGGCAAAGGAACCCAGUGUGAAAAGCUAUCACAGAAAUAUGGAUUAUCAUCACUGGCAGUCAGUGAGCUUCUGCAGAAUGACCUAGGAAAUUUUACAGAGAGAAGCAAACUAAUCAAAGAUGUCAUGGAGCAUGGAGAUCAGGUGCCAAUGGAUAUUAUCCUUGAACUCCUUAAAGAAACUAUGACUUCUUGCCUUGGGAACGCAAAAGGAUUCCUUCUUGAUGGAUUUCCACGUGAAACCAAACAGGCAGAAGAAUUCGAAUGCAAGAUCAGCAAGCCAAACAUUGUGCUUUACCUGGAUUGUUCUUCUGAAACUAUGACCAGUCGUCUCCUGAACAGAAGUAAGGCCAGCCAUCGGAAUGAUGUUAACACAGAAACCAUCAGAAGGAGGCUGGAUGCAUACUACCAAGCUGUUGAUCCCAUAAUUACAUAUUAUGAAAGAAAAUCUCUUUUAUAUAAGAUUAAUGCAGAAAGAUCUCCAGAAGAUGUUUUUCUCCACAUUUGCUCAGCAGUGGAUUCUGUUUUCUGAGGG